AUGUCCUCUUCUCGAUCAUUGCUUGAGCAAGACAUCUGGUCUGCAUCAAGGGACAAGGAGGAACCCGUCUCUCCGGAUCGUCUGGCGCUUCAUCAUAAAAGAGCGCAAUCACUUUGCCGACAAAAUGUGAUCGCCACCCGGGACCCGACCGCUUUCAUCAUUCUUACCAUCCACAUCAACCUCUGCAUCGGCACCCUCGCCAACUUCCUCGACGACCGCCCCGAUCUCUCUGACCUAUUCAUGCUGACCGAGGUCGGCCACGGACUGGACGCGCGCAAUCUCGAGACCACGGCGACCCUGCAGCCAGAUGGCUCCUUCGAUCUCCACACCCCGAACGAUGCGGCAGCCAAGGCCAUGCCCCCAACCACGCCCGAGUCCGGCAUCCCUCGCGUGGCCGUGGUAUUUGCUCGGCUGAUAGUCCGCGGAGAGGACCACGGGAUCAAGCCCUUCCUCGUCUGGCUGUGCGAUUCAACCCACAUGUUCCGCGGCAUCACGUCACGCGCCCUGCCGAUGCGACUGGGGACCGCCUCGAAGCCUCUGGACCAUGCCAUCACGACCUUCGAACACGUCCGCCUAUCCCCGAACGCCCUUCUGGGGUCCGUUUCCAAGCCGGAAGAUGAGCGGCUGGAGUUUCUGCAACAGCUCUGGCGGGUUGCCGUCGGGACCCUCUCGCUCUCCAUCCCGGGCAUCUCAGGGUUCAAAGUCGGGACCUACAUCGCUGCCCUCUACAGCCGCCGAAGGACGGUCGCCUCCCCGAACGGCCGCGGACGCGUGCCGAUCCUCUCCUUCAGCACGCAGCAGCGGCCCAUCCUCGACGCUUGGGCCUACGGGAUCGUCCUGGAGCCGUACGCCCGGUGGACGGUGAAGCAGUUCAUGGACCCCCGCCACAGCUGGCCGGUACGGCACGGCCUUGCCACCGCCUUCAAAACAAUCAUGAACCGGGCAACGCGCGUGCUGGAUGACCUCGCAGAGCGGUGCGGUUGGCAGGGGCUCUUCACCCACAGCCAGAUUGGCGAGAUGGCCAUGACCUUCCGGGGCAACUACAUCGCCGAGGGCGACACGCUGGUCCUGUGCAUCCGCCUCGCCUCGGAGCUUCUCGCGCGCAAGUACGAGUUGCCAGCGCCGCGGCACCCAUCCACGCCGCUGGCGCAGCGCGAGCAACACCGAACGGCGGACGCGAGAGACAAGAUCGCCGAGCUGGGCGGCUACGAGAAGCGCCGGGGCGAGCCCUUCAACCGGCACAUCCUGCCUCGCUGCCGCCCCCUCGUCGAGGCCAUGGGCCACCGGAUGGCCUACGAAGCGGCCAGGGAUGCGGGUGUGUGCCCGACGGCGCUGCGCCUCUUUGAGCUGGUCUGUCUGGCGGGCGACCCGGGCUGGCGCGCGUCGUCGUCGUCGUCGUCGGCCGGGGAGGGGGCCGGCGGUGCUGGCGCUGGCGCUGGUGCUGGUGCUGGCCCGGGGCGGGCGUUUGACGAUGACUUGGUGCGCGCGUAUGAGGAGGCGUUGCCGGAUAUGUUGAGGACGGUGGCGGAGUCGGGGGAUCUGGGGGAGUACGUGACGGCGCCGAUCUUGGAGGAUGGGGCGUGGGACGCGUUUGUGGGUCAGCUACCCGCGUUCGAGUAUCCGCGUGAUGGAGAUGGGGGGUAUCAGCCUAAGCUGUAG